AUGACUGCCAGCCAGGUACAUAACGAUGAGGCAAGUCUACCGUCAAGUCAGGAUCAGGCAAGAUCUCAGCAAGAUCGGGCAAGGCAAUACAAUGUUGUUCAGGCAGGGACCACGGUGGACCGCAGUUCGAAGAGGAGACAAGUGAAGCCUUUGGCAGCUUCGCUGCUGGAAGCUUUAGAUUAUGAUAGCUCUGAUGACAGUGAUUUUAAAGUUGGAGAUGCUUCAGAUUCUGAAGGAAGUGGUCAUGGGAGUGAAGAUGCAUCAAAGGACAGUGGUGAAGGUUCCUGUACUGAAUCAGAAGAAAAUAUCUUGGAGGAGGAACCGGCAGAAGAGAAAGUAGAAGAGCAACAGCCAAAAAGCUCCACUGAAGAAGAGGUGCCAACAGCAGACAAAGAGGUAAUUAAAACUGAAAAGAAAGAGCAAGAAGAUGAAGAAGAAAAGCCGAAAAAGAAGAAAGAGAAAGAGAAAGCAACCGAACCUGAUGCUGUGGCUGAUGAGCAAACAAAUGAACCAAAAAAAUGGAAUUUGCGCAGGAACCGACCUUUGCUGGAUUUUGUAUCGAUGGAAGAACUAAAUGACAUGGAUGACUAUGAUAGUGAAGAUGACAACGACUGGCGGCCUACUGCUGAGAAAAAAAAAGGAAAAAAUGCACUGCGAAAAGAGGGGAGUGAUGGAGAUAAUGAGGAUGAUGAAGAUGAUGGGAGCGGAAGUGAUGAGGAUGAUAAUGAUGAGGAAGGUAAUGAAGAAGAUAAUAGCAGCACGGCUAGUGAUGGAGGAUCCAAGAAGAAGAAGAGUAAAGUUCUUAACAGGAAUAAUGCAGAUGAUGAGGAAUUGACAAAUGAUAGCCUGGCUCUUUCACAAAGCAAGAGUAAUGAGGACUCAUUGAUCCUUGAGAAGUCUCAAAAUUGGAGUUCCCAGAAAAUGGACCAUAUUUUGAUUUGUUGCGUUUGUCUUGGAGAUAACAGUGAAGAUGCUGAUGAAAUAAUCCAGUGUGACAACUGUGGAAUAACAGUGCACGAAGGUUGCUAUGGUGUUGAUGGAGAGAGUGACUCUAUCAUGAGCUCAGCUUCAGAAAAUUCCACGGAACCUUGGUUUUGUGAUGCAUGCAAAUGUGGUGUCACACCUAGUUGUGAAUUGUGUCCUAACCAGGACGGGAUCUUCAAGGAGACUGAUGCAGGCAGGUGGGUCCACAUUGUUUGUGCCCUCUAUGUUCCAGGAGUGGCAUUUGGAGAUAUUGACAAACUGCGGCCAGUAACGCUUACAGAAAUGAAUUAUUCAAAGUAUGGUGCCAAGGAAUGCAGUUUUUGCGAAGAUCCUCGUUUUGCCAGAACUGGUGUAUGCAUUAGUUGUGAUGCUGGGAUGUGCAGAGCUUAUUUCCAUGUGACCUGUGCUCAGAAGGAAGGCCUCCUCUCAGAAGCAGCAGCAGAAGAGGAUAUAGCUGACCCUUUUUUUGCUUAUUGUAAACAGCAUGCAGACAGGUUAGACAGAAAAUGGAAGCGGAAGAACUACUUGGCAUUACAAUCUUACUGUAAAAUGUCCUUGCAGGAAAGAGAAAAACAGCUCUCGCCAGAAGCUCAGGCUCGAAUCAAUGCCAGGCUACAGCAGUAUCGUGCCAAGGCGGAGCUGGCCCGCACCACCAGACCUCAGGCCUGGGUUCCCCGGGAGAAGCUACCACGACCACUUACUAGCAGUGCUUCAGCCAUACGUAAGCUUAUGCGCAAAGCUGAGUUAAUGGGAAUUAGUACAGACAUUUUUCCAGUGGAUACUUCAGAUACUAGUUCCAGUGUUGAUGGAAGAAGAAAACAUAAACAGCCAGCUCUCACUGCUGAUUUUGUGAAUUAUUACCUUGAGAGAAAUAUGCGCAUGAUUCAAAUCCAGGAGAAUAUGGCUGAACAGAAGAAUAUCAAGGACAAAUUAGAAAAUGAGCAAGAAAAGCUUCAUGUGGAGUAUAAUAAGCUCUGUGAGUCCUUGGAAGAGCUACAAAAUAUGAAUGGAAAACUGCGAAAUGAAGGGCAAAGCAUUUGGGCUCUGCUGGGUAGAAUCAUUGGACAGAAAUUGAACAUACCAGCAAUUUUACGUGCUCCUAAGGAAAGGAAACCAAGUAAAAAGGAAGGAGGAACGCAAAAGACAUCUACACUUCCAGCUGUACUUUAUAGUUGUGGAAUUUGCAAGAAGAACCAUGAUCAACACCUACUGCUACUGUGUGAUACUUGUAAACUCCAUUAUCAUCUUGGUUGCCUGGAUCCACCUCUUACAAGGAUGCCAAGGAAGACCAAGAACAGUUACUGGCAGUGCUCAGAGUGUGACCAGGCAGGUAGCAGUGACAUGGAGGCUGAUAUCGCCAUGGAAACCUUACCAGAUGGGACCAAACGAUCAAGGAGGCAGAUUAAGGAACCAGUGAAAUUUGUUCCUCAGGAUGUGCCACCAGAACCGAAGAAAAUUCCAAUCAGAAACACGAGAACUAGAGGACGAAAACGAAGCUUUGUGCCUGAAGAAGAAAAAGCUGAGGAACGGAUUCCCAGAGAAAGAAGACAACGACAGUCUGUUUUACAGAAGAAGCCCAAGUCGGAGGAUUUAAGGACUGAAUGUGCUACCUGCAAAGGGACUGGAGACAAUGAAAAUCUAGUCAGGUGUGAUGAAUGCAGGCUUUGCUACCAUUUUGGCUGUCUAGACCCUCCCUUGAAAAAGUCUCCUAAACAGACUGGCUAUGGAUGGAUUUGUCAGGAAUGUGACUCUACAUCUUCCAAAGAAGAUGAAAAUGAAGCUGUGGCAGAAAAUCCAUCUCAGGAGCUGAAUUUGGAACAGAAAAUCAAAAAAAUAGGAGAUUGCUGUCUUGUUUGAAAUAUUUGCAAGUUGUGUAACAGUGAUUAUAGUUUCUCAUUGUAAAAUUAACAAAAAAAGUUCUCAAUAAAGUCAUUGAAAAUUAAA